UUCCAAGAUGAGACAGAUAUUGACGUGUCUUUUUGUGUUUGCAUUGGUGACAUUAUUGAAUGGCAGCAAAUUCCGCUGCGACUACAAAUACUCCGAUCAAGCUGAAGGUUGGCUAAAACUACACAGGAUUCCUGCAAAUUGGACCGAAGCGAGACUACGAUGUCAUUUAGAAGGCAGCAACCUGGCAUCCCCGUUGAACCUUGACCUGAGUGUAGCGAUGCAGAAGGCGAUGCAAAAUGCGUCAGUAUGUGGUGGAGUGUUCACCGGCAUCAGUGGUUAUUUCUCGACAGGAGAUUUACAUUCUAUUGAAGGCAUUCCGUUGUCUGACAUACCACAAACAUGGCACGAAGGCGAACCAGAUAACCACAACAAUGACGAGAAUUGUAUACUGAUGCUGGAUACCGGAGAGCUGGCUGAUGUCAGCUGCGCAGAGACCUUCCCGUAUUUGUGCUACCGGAAGGGCAGCACGGUUCCUGAUACUGGCACCUGCGGGCCUGUCGAUAACGGAUAUUCAUAUGACACACGCACGGGCAGUUGCUACAAGAUCCCUCAGUUGGCGCAGACGUGGUCGCGCGCCUACAUGAUAUGCGCGGCCGAGGGCGGCCACUUGGCCAUCAUCAACAGUGAUACUGAGGCUACGGUUCUCUUAGAACUGUUUACGAAGCAUCAAAAUUCCAUCAUAGGUCGCGAGUAUGAGAUGUUGGGAAACGCCUUCAUAGGGUUUCACGAUAGGGGCGAAUAUAGACAAUUCCUCACUAUUGAAGGGGAAACGCUAGAAAAGGCAGGCUUCGCAAAGUUCUACAAAGGUGAGCCAAACGCGAAAAGGGACCAAAAAGUCUGUGGUACCAUCAACUUUGCUGGACAGUUAGAUGACGCAUGGUGCGACAAACCUACUGCCUUCAUCUGUGAGAAAAAACCCGAAAGCUGCAACAACUGACGACAAAUGACAUAAUAAACAAUUAUGUUAAGUCAUUUAAUUAAAUAAAAUAUAAUGUUUAUUUGUAAAUCGUAAAUAAUAAAACAAAGUAAUAA